AUGGAUGUCGCCGCUCUACGAGACCGCAUACAGUCUACCCUCGACCCCAAUGCGGACAAUCGUCGCCAGGCUGAAUUGGAUUUGAAAUAUGCCGAGACGCAACCCGGCUUCAUAAAUGCGCUGUUGGAUAUCUUGCAAGGGGAACAGAACAAUGCCGUUCAGUUGUCGGCCGGUGUUUACCUGAAGAACCGAAUCAACCGUGGCUGGUCGGUCAUCGAAGAAAGUCCGUUGCGCACACCGAUCCCCGAGGCCGAGAAACCAGGGUUCCGUGAGAGACUGAUUCCGGCUCUGGCAUCCACGCCGCCCAACGUUCGGGCUCAACUCGUCCCUCUCCUCCAGAAGAUCCUCCAGAACGACUUCCCCGAGCAGUGGCCGGGUUUCUUGGAUGUCACCCUGCAGCUGUUGGGCACCCCCGAUGCGAACUCUGUCUACGCUGGCCUGCAGUGUCUGCUGGCCAUCUGCCGUGUGUACCGGUUCAAGGCCGGAGAGAAGAGGGAGGAGUUCGAUAAAAUCGUCGAACACUCGUUCCCUCAGCUCUUGAACAUCGGGUUGAAGCUCGUCGAUGAGGAGAGCUUGGAGGCUGCGGAAAUGCUCCGCAUAGUCGUGAAGGCGUACAAGCAUGCUAUCUACUUCGAACUUUCGCCCCAUCUUCAAUCACAGCAAGCGACGGUGGACUGGUGCACACUUUUCCUGAGGAUCAUCGCCAAGGAUCCUCCCGCGAGCGCCAUGCUGGAGGCCAAGGAGGAGCGCGAGCUCAACCACUGGUGGAAGUGCAAGAAGUGGUCUUAUGCGAACCUGAACCGUCUCUUCAUCAGAUACGGAAACCCUACGACGAUGAGCAAGUCGAGCUCCCCCGACUACAGCGCAUACGGCAAGGCUUUCAUCACCACGUUCGCCCCGGAGAUUCUCAAGGGAUAUCUGCAGGAAAUCGAGAAGUGGGUGUCCAAGGGCCAGUGGCUCAGCAACCCUGCGCUCGCGUACACCCUGAUCUUCCUGGAGGAGUGUGUCAAGCCCAAGGCCAUGUGGGAUCACCUCAAACCGCACAUGGACAACUUGAUCGCCCAUUUCAUCUUCCCCAUCCUGUGCCAGUCCGAUGAGGACAUCGAACUGUUCCAGACCGACCCGUCCGAAUACCUCCACCGCAAGCUGAACUACUACGAAGAGGUCUCCGCGCCCGACGUCGCUGCCACCAACUUCCUGGUGGCCCUGACCAAGAACCGCAAGAAGCAGACUUUCGCGAUCCUCACGUUUGUCAACGGCGUUGUCAGCAAGUACGAGUCUGCCCCCGAAGACCAGAAGCUGCCCAGGGAGAAGGAAGGUGCCCUGCGCAUGAUCGGCUCCCUGGCCUCGGUCAUUCUCGGCAAGAAGAGCCCCAUCGCGGACCAGGUGGAAUAUUUCUUCGUCCGCCAUGUUUUCCCCGAAUUCCGCAGCCCCCACGGGUUCCUCAGAGCGCGUGCCUGUGACACUCUGGAGAAGUUCGAGCAACUCGACUUCCAGGACCCGAAUAACCUCAUGAUCAUCUACCGGAAUAUCCUUGAAUCGAUGACCGACCCCGAGUUGCCCGUCCGGGUCGAAGCCGCGCUGGCUCUGCAGCCCCUUAUCCGUCACGAUAUCAUCAGGACCUCCAUGCAGCAGAACAUCCCCCAGAUCAUGCAGCAGCUUCUCAAGCUCGCCAACGAGGUGGAUGUGGACGCUCUGGCCAACGUCAUGGAGGACUUCGUCGAGGUCUUCUCCGCGGAACUCACUCCGUUUGCCGUGGCCCUCAGCGAGCAGCUUCGUGACACCUACAUGCGCAUCGUUGGUGAGCUUCUGGAGCGCAAUGCGACCAAGGACGAGGACGCGUACGGCGAUUUCCUGGAUGACAAGAGUAUCACCGCUCUCGGUGUCUUGCAGACGAUCGGAACCCUGAUCCUUACCCUCGAGAGCACCCCUGAUGUGCUCCUCCACCUCGAGACGAUCCUCAUGCCCGUCAUCAGCAUCACGCUCGAGAACAAGCUCUACGACCUGUACAACGAAGUGUUUGAGAUUAUCGACAGCUGCACAUUCGCAUCCAAGUCCAUUUCCCCUACGAUGUGGCAGGCCUUUGAGCUCAUCCACAAGACUUUCAAGGCCGGUGCCGAGCUGUACCUGGAAGACAUGCUGCCCGCCCUCGACAACUACAUCGCCUACGGCUCUCAGAUGUUGGUCCAGAACCCCGCGUACCUUGCCGCCGUUGUCAGCAUGGUCGAGGACAUCUUCCGCGACGAGAAGGUUGGUGGUGUCGACCGGAUAUGCGGCUGCAAGCUCGCCGAGACUCUGAUGCUGAACCUCCGCGGAUGCAUCGACCAGUACAUCCCGGUCUUCAUUGAGCUGGCGAUGCGCGUCAUCGAUGCCGGCGAGGCCCCGACGAAGUCUUACCGCAUCCACCUGAUGGAGAUGGUUAUCAACGCCAUCUACUACAACCCCGUUCUCGGUCUCCAGGUCUUGGAAGCCAAGGGCUGGACGAACAAGUUCUUCAGCACCUGGUUCUCCAACAUCGACAACUUCAGACGCGUCCACGAUAAGAAGCUGUCCAUUGCCGCCAUCAGCUCCCUGCUGACAUUGAAGGCCGGUGAUGUUCCGCCUAGCGUGCAGCAAGGCUGGCCCAGGUUGCUCCAGGGAGUGACCCGGCUGUUCCAGACCUUGCCCGCUGCCAUUAAGCAACGCGAAGAUGCCACCAAGGAGUCCGACUUUACCUUCGAUGACGAGGAAGAGGAAGUUGACGAGGACAACGACUGGGAUGGCGAGAUUGAGUGGACCGAAGGUGAGGAGGGUGAGGCCGGCGCCUUGGAUGGCGAUGUUCCCGAUGACAGUGCCGCCUACCUGGAUUUCCUGAACAAGGAGGCACAGAAGUUCGGCUCCUUUACCGAUGAUGACGAUGACGACCUUGACGAGGAGAGCUUGCUGGAGACUCCUCUGGAUAAGAUCGAGCCGUAUGGCAUGUUCAAGCAUGUGUUCAUGGGUCUUCAACAAGAACAACCCCAGCUUUACGACAACCUGACGAAGGUCCUCAGCGCCGAGGAGCAGUCAGUGCUCCAGGCCGUGUUCCACGAGGCCGACGCGAAGGCAUUGGCCGCCGCGAGCGCAGAGGCCAACAUCCAGACCAACGGGAAUUAG